ACUGUAGCCCUCGGUACGAGCAGGAGGUAUCGCGCCGCCCGUCCCUCGGUUAACUACAACUGUACAUAGUUAAUUUAUUUAUCCCGCCAGCUCCACCACCAUCUUUUUAUCCUCCUCGCAAUGACCCGCUGGAUUCCCACCAAGAAAGAGAAGUACGGAGUCGCAAUCUACAAUUAUGCUCCCAGUGGUGAGCAGGAGCUGUGUCUUCAGGUCGGGGACACGGUGCACAUACUUGAGAAAUUGGAAGGCUGGUAUAGGGGCUACACGCUACGCAAGAAAUCACAGAGGGGUAUUUUCCCGGCUUCCUACAUCCACUUAAAGGAGGCUACGGUUGAGGGAAUAGGCCAGCAGGAAAUAAUUGUUCCAGCAGAUUUACCCCUGGUCCUGGAACUUGGAGCUACUCUAAGAGAAUGGUCCCAGAUAUGGCACAAGCUCUUUGUGGCGAACAAGACAACACUGUUCCGCGGUGUUCAGCAGAUGGCCUACAGCCUCAUCGAAUAUCGAUCUCAGAUAGUGUCAGGAACACUGCCCAAGGAUGACCUUGUAGAGCUGAAAAAGAAAGUAACAGCAAAGAUUGAUUAUGGAAACCGGAUUCUGGGGCUGGACCUGGUGGUGCGAGAUGAUGCAGGGAACACGCUGGAUCCUGACUGGACCAGUACGGUCAGUCUGUUCCGGGCCCACGAGACUGCAUCCCGUAGCGUUGAUGACAGGAUACAAGAAGAGAAGACGCGGCAACAAAACCUGGAAAUGAGGCGUCAGACUCUGUUCAGUACAGUGCACACCUACAGUCUGCUCAUGAACCUGAAGAACUUUGUAUGCAACAUUGGAGAGGACGCUGAGCUGCUCAUGUCUCUGUAUGACCCUGACCAGUCUGAAUUCAUCAGUGAGAACUUCCUGGUGCGCUGGGACAGUAUGGGGAUGCCCAAAGAAAUUGAAAAACUCAACAACCUGCCAGCGCUAUUCACGGACCUGAGCAGCAGCGACUUAAUGAGGCAGCGACUGUUCCUGGUGUGUCAGAUCAUCAGAGUGGGCAGCAUGGAGCUGAAAGAGGGCAAGAAACACACCAGUGGACUGAGGAGGCCGUUUGGUGUGGCCGUGAUGGACAUUACAGAUGUCGCCCAUGGCAAAACCGACGAUGAGGACAAACAGCACUUCAUCCCAUUUCAGCAGAUAGCGAUGGAAACCUACAUCCGUCAGAGGCAACUCAUCAUGUCUCCGCUCAUGCCAUCCCGAGUCAUAGGAGAGAAUGAGCCGCUCACUGCUGUCUUCAACAAAGUCAUUGCCACGCGGGAGGUCAAUCACAAAGGCCAGGGGCUGUUUGUGACCCUGAAACUCCUCCCCGGGGAUCUCGCCCAGGUCAGAAAGGACUACCCCCACUUUGUGGACCGCAGCACGGCUAUCGUCAGGAAAAUGGGCUUUCCAGAAAUCAUCCUCCCAGGUAAUGUGAGGAAUGAUAUUUACGUAACCCUGCUGCAGGGAGAGUUUGACCGAGGCAAAAAAAAGACCCCGAAAAACGUAGAGGUCAUACUAACUGUGCACGAUGAUGAAGGCAAUCCCAUGGAGAAAGCCAUAUUUCCUGGGGCCGGUUAUGAUGGUAUCACAGAGUACAAGUCCGUCAUAUACUACCAGGUGAAGCAGCCUUGCUGGAAUGAAACUGUGAAGGUCACAAUUCCCAUUGAAGACGUGUGCCGCUGUCACCUCAGGGUGAUGUUUCGACACAGGUCUUCCCAGGACUCUAGAGACAAAUCGGAGAAGCCCUUUGGAAUGGCGUUCGUGCGUCUCAUGAGAGGAGAUGGGACCACGCUAAAAGACGGCAUACAUGAACUCAUCGUCUAUAAGGUUGAUGUGAAAAAGGCUGAGGAUGCAAAGGUCUAUCUUACUCUGCCGGCGACCUGGCAUGAAGUGGGGGAGAAGGAGAAGCAGACGGGGAAGCAGUUCCACCAUUCAGUAGUCAUUCCUGUGACUAAAGACAGCUUCCAGAUUGCAUCACUCACCUGCUCCACUAAACUCACCCAGAACGUGGAUCUUCUCGGCCUGUUAAACUGGAGGUCUAACCCCGGAGAUCUGGACCAGAUUCUUCAGAGACUGAUGGAGGUCGAGGGUGGGGAGAUAGUGAAAUUUCUCCAGGACACUCUGGAUGCCCUGUUCAACAUAAUGAUGGAGACCUCAGAGAAGGACACCUAUGACCACCUGGUCUUCAAUGCAUUGGUAUUUAUAAUCACACUUAUUGGAGACAUCAAAUUCCAGCACUUCAAUCCAGUCUUGGAAACCUACAUCAACAAGCACUUCAGUGCCACUUUGGCUUACAUGAAGCUAACUAAGGUGCUUAACUACUACGUGAGCCAUGCCGAGUUGCCUGCCCUGACCGAGAGGCUCUACAUGGCACUCAAAGCUCUAAAAUACCUCUUCAGGUUUAUUGUACAGUCCCGGGUCCUCUAUCUCAGAUUCUAUGGGAACAGUGAAGAUGGGGAUGCUUUCCUCAACUCCAUUCGCACCCUUUUCUUGUCUUUCAACACCCUCAUGGACAGACCUCUUGAUGAGGGAGUGAAGAUAAAGGGGGCAAUAUUAAAAUACCUUCCCAGCAUCAUUAAUGACAUCCAGUCUGCGUUUGAUCCCGUGGAGCUCAGCGUUCUCCUAGCAAAGUUCAUCGAGAGCAUUCCAGACUCGCAGCUCGUGCGUCAGAAGCUGGGCUGCAUGUGUAAAAUGGUGGAGAGUGACCUUUUCAGGCAGCCAGAUUGUCGAGAUGUACUCCUGCCACUUGUCACUGACCAGCUAAGUGGGCAGCUGGACGACCACUCGUGUAAACCCGACCACGAGGCCUGCGUCCAGCUGCUCAGCACAGUGUUGGACAACCUGGACCGCAAGGACGUGGGUCCAACCAGAGGGCACGUUCAGCUGAUAAUGGAGCGGCUUCUUCGCAGGGUUAAUCGCACAGUCAUCAGCAUGGACAGGUCGUCCCUUCUCAUUGGUCACUAUCUCGCCUGCAUGACCGCCAUCCUGAAGCAAAUGGAUGACAUGCAUUACGCCCACUACAUCAGCACCUUCAAGACGAGACAGGAUAUCAUAGACUUUCUCAUGGAGACAUUCAUCAUGUUUAAAGACCUCAUGGGAAACGUCUUCCCGGCUGACUGGAUGAUCAUGAACCUGGUGCAGAUGCAGGUCUUCCUCAGGGCCAUCGACCAGUACUCGGACGUCCUCAACAUGUACUUCUUGGACCAGGCACAUUUCGAACUACAGCUUUGGAAUAACUACUUUCAUUUGACUGUGGCAUUCCUCACCCACAAGACACUGCAGCUGGAAUCCUUCUCUCAGGAGAAGCGGAAUAAGAUACUGAACAAAUAUGGAGACAUGAGGAAGACUUUUGGGUUUAAAAUAAGAGACAUGUGGUACAAUCUCGGCCCCCACAAAAUGAAGUUCAUCCCAGCCAUGGUCGGGCCCAUCCUUGCGGUCACACUGGUGCCUCAGCCUGAACUGAGAAAAGCUACCAUCCCCAUCUUCUUUGAUAUGAUGCAGUGUGAGCACAACUUCAACCCCGGACGGACAUUUGAGACGUUUGAGAAUGAACUGAUAACAAAGCUGGAUCAAGAGGUGGAAGGAGGUCAAGGGGAUGAGCAGUACAAAGUCCUGCUGGAGAAAACGUUACUGGAGCACUGCAGACGCCACAGAUACCUGUCACAGUCGGGGGAGGAGCUGGCUCUGCUGCUCAGCAGCCUGCUGGAGAAUCUCCUGGCGUACCGCACCAUCACACAUGAUGAAAGUACAGAGCACCGAAUGAGCUGCACUGUCAAUGUUCUGAACUUCUACAAAGAGAAAAAGAGGGAGGACAUUUACAUCCGGUACUUGUACAAGCUGAGAGAUCUGCACCUUGACUGUGAGAACUACACCGAGGCAUCCUACACUCUGCUACUACACGCCGAAAUACUGGAGUGGUCUGACAAACCCUGUGCAUCUCACCUCAUCCCUCGAGAUGGGGACCGGGUGUGGACCCAACAGGAGCUGAAAGAGAGGCUCUUCCAGGAGAUCAUUUGUUACUUUGACAAGGGCAAGAUGUGGGAGAAGGCCAUUGAGCUGGGCAAGCAGCUGGCCAAGAUGCACGAGACCCACAUGUUUGACUUCAUGGAGCUCAGCCAGCUUCUGAAACAACAAGCCCAGUUCUAUGAGAACAUAAUGCAUGCGAUGCGGCCACAGCCAGAGUACUUUGCUGUAGGAUACUAUGGCCUCGGAUUCCCUUCCUUCCUCCGGAACAAGAUGUUCAUCUUCCGAGGCAAAGAGUACGAGUGGCUUGAAGACUUCAGCUUGAAGCUGCUCUCUCAGUUCCCAAUCGCAGUCCGGAUGACCAGCACAGCGCCCCCUGGAGACAACAUCAUCAACUCCCCUGGACAGCAUAUCCAGUGCUUUACUGUCAAGCCUGUUCUCACUGUGCCGCCGCAGUUUAAAGACAAGGGUGUUCCAGAGCAGAUAUUAAACUAUUACAGAACCAAUGAAGUGGACAAGUUCCAGUAUUCCAGGCCCUUCCGGAAAGGUGAAAAGGACCCAGACAAUGAAUUUGCGACCAUGUGGAUUGAGAGAACAACUUACAUAACUGCCUAUCGCUUCCCAGGGAUUCUCAAAUGGUUUGAAGUCAAAUCUGUUUCAGUGGAAGAGAUCAGUCCUCUGGAGAACGCCAUCGAAACAAUGGAGAUGGCUAAUGAAAAGCUGAGUAACCUGGUGCAGCAGCAAGCCUGCGAUCGCUCACUGUCCAUCAACCCACUGUCCAUGAUGCUCAGCGGCAUCGUUGACCCAGCAGUCAUGGGCGGCUUCUCCAACUAUGAGAAGGCAUUCUUUACAGACACCUACAUGCAAGAGCAUCCAGAGGCACACGAGAGUAUUGAGAUCCUUAAACAGCUCAUCGCUCUGCAGAUCCCUCUGUUGGCAGAUGGGAUUCGCAUCCAUGGGGAGAAGACGACGGAGCAGCUGAAGCCCUUACACAACCGAAUGGUUACCUGCUUCCAAGACCUUCGGGAGAAAGUGGAGAAGCACUAUGGCGUCAUAACCUUGCCCUGUUCCCUUGCUGAAAAGAAGAAGAGCCGCGUGGGCUCAGUGGUGAUGCCCUACAUCCUGUCCUCCACCCUGCGCCGCAUGUCCACUAUUUCGACCCUCUCCUCCGCCUCCUCAGGCCUCUCCAGCGGCUCUGCAUCCUCAGACGGACCCUCCGGCAUUUCCUCCCAAGACAAUCGCAGGGCCUCCAUCCUGUCCCGCUCUGAGGAGGACAACAGGAUUGCUCGAAAGAACAGGAAGGAGUGGAGUGUGAGCAAAUCUCAGGUCUUACUGGAGAGGCAGUCCGACACUGAUGAGACGCCUCCAGAGAGGCCCAAGAGCUUACAGUUUGGAGACAAACGUCUUCCACUCUCGCUGUUCCAGGGGGUUUCGUCCAAGCUCAGCAUCUCUAUCCCUCUCAGCCCGCUACCUGCCUCUCCGAACACACCGCACACACCACGCAGCUCCAGUUUUUCGUCACUUCUCAGCGACUGUGAUACCAAUACCUUCGACACCCCAGGGACCCCCCCACCCAUGCCUCCCAAGAAACACCCACACGAGAUUGACAGCACAAGGUUCUCUUCAGAGUUUACUCCUCCGCUGCCGAUGAAAAUUGAGAGCAAGCCACCGCCACCUCCUCCGAAGACGCGGAAGUCCAUGUUCCCGGCGUAUGACCCCACCCCGCAGUAAGGCGACACCUACGUCUCAAAGUACAAGAGUGCCACUAAUGCUAUGAUUUGGCAGUGGUGAAAGUGCACUGAGGAAAUGCCACAGCAGUGUACAGAUGCUGGAACGUCUACGUGGGCUGCGCGCAGGAUUCUCAGCAGAAAAUCUUUCUGAUGCAAGUCGGUUAUAAUUCCAAGAAGUGCUUUGUUGUGGAGUUUUAGCAGUUUUAUUUUUGAAGCCGCGAGGAAAGAUAUUUACGGGCAAAAAAUAGAACAAAGAUGUCGGGUGCACGAGGUCACUCCAGCCUUGGAUUCAGUUUGCAUUUUAAGAGAUAAUGAGACAUUGAUUAGAUGUUUUUAUUCUGGAAGAAAGUUGCCAUGGUGUUGUUACCACUCGCAGGGAAAAGGAACGACCAAUGUUGCCAUGUAUUGUUUAGUUUUUAUGUGUUGGAGUGACACUGGAUGACUUAUUUCCCCCCCACUCUCUGUUCACUGGCAUUCCAUAUUUGAACAGGAUAAAGCUGCGGUAGACACGUGUUAAACUUGUUCAAGAGCAGGGAAUACAAUGCACAGAAUGUAACUGCUAUUUGUCUCUUUUGUGUUUGAUGAUGACGUUGAGUCACAUUAUGAUCAAGCAGAAUUUUUCUAAAACGCGAUGUUUCAAAAACACUGGAUGGCAUUGUUGAAUGUGGUACGAACUGUGUUGCGAUGUUUAUGAUCAACUGAAUACUGUAACUGAUGCUUCUCCACUGCCUCACAUUGAUGUUGAUGUUCAGCUUUCGCCAUUUUGGGGAAAGCUCUUUAUUUCCUUUCCUGUCAAGAGUUAGAUAGAUACCACUCUCAUAUGUGUAUGAUAAAUGCAGAGCUGGAGCUAGAAACGGGUCAGCUUAGCUUAGCCUGGAAAUGGAGGGUAACUUUAAUAAAAAAAUUAAACUGAAUUAGAUCCGAACAUAACCACCCAACUCUAAAUCCACAACGUGAUGUUUUUACUUUACUUUGAUCAAAUUAAGCAAUUACAAAAAGGUGUAAUUAAUCAGCGCCAAUAAAUGAUUUUUCUUCUCUAUGAUAAAGAGUUCUGGUCUUUAUGCUAAGCUAAGUUUACAGGCUGUCGCAUCCAGCUAUGUAUUUUAUAUGCAGACAUUAAAUAGGUAUAGGUAUCGAUCUACUCAUGUAACUCUGAGUAAGGAAGGGAAAUGUCGAACUGGUCCUUUAAUCAAUGGGAGCCUCUGUAAAAGUGUCUUUGAAGUUCACUGUAGUUUUAUAUUUCAGGAGUUCCUCCAUUUUCUUUUUUUUAUCCGUUCAUUAUUGAAAUUUAAAUUAUUGCUAUUCAUUGAAUUUUAAUGUCUCCAUUAUUUUUGCACAUGUAGUGUGGAUACCGAUGGUUUAUUUGUAUCCAGAGUAAUUUAGGUCUAAUUUCAGCAAACGGCUCUAAUGUGCACUGCUGACAUUUUUUUUAAAUUUGUAUAUGACUUAACAGUGCCAAAUCUAUGCAUGUUCUGAAAAUGAUCACAUUGAAUUUACAAUUAUGAUAUUAUAGGUUUAUUUUUAGAUUUUUUUGAAUUGCUAUUCAAGGGAUUAACUGUUUUUGUACAGUACACAUUUUCUGAUCAAGGAUUUAAGAAUUUAAGAAGAACAUUAGACAUAAAAUGCCUCAAGAGAUAUAUAGUGAAUCCUUUUUUAUGAACAAACGUUGUUGACUGAACAAAAAUAAAGACGUGUUGAAAGAC